UUCCUCGGCAAGUCGGAAGAACUCUGACCACCCUGUGCCCCGUCUUGGCUUUUCCUUCCUCCUAUGUCCUUUCGGGGCCGUGAUCAUUCAUCCAUAAGGUACCGGUCAUGUCACCCUUGGUUGGUAUCCAAGGUACCUGUCUAAGACUGACUCCCUUUGCCGUCUUCGGUAACUCAUAUUUUCGAGACAUGGAUUGGGAGUACUUGGUGCGGUCUCGACGUCUACGAUGUUCAGGGCAGUCGCCUCUUGAACCUGUCAGCAUGAAAACGCCCACAGACGACGAACAGCCAUCUAGACCCAAGAGAGAAGCCGCUUCGGCUACCCCGUUCCGCGAUCGCCUCUUUGGCAAAGACAUCCAGAAUCAAGUCAAGCCAAAGGACAUACGACCCAGUGACCACACUUCCCCUCACCUACACCGAUUCCAGCCUUAUUCACGGCCAGUAUCACUUGGGCAUGAUCGGACCCGGGCUCGGGGAGAGCGUUUGCAUGCAUUGUCGCCGCUCGACUUCGCACCUGGUGAACCUCUGCGCAGAGAAGAUCCUGCCUUGUACCGUGCCGACCCGAUCUCAAUCCAGUCCUCUCACUUACCCCGGCAUUCUGGUUCUGUCUUUCCAUGGGAAUCUUCUCGAGUAGCAAACAGUCAGUUAGGCCCCGAAUCAGGGGCCAGCAGUGCAAGCGACCCACAGCCGUGGAAGGGCCUCCGCGAGGCAAUGGAGUUACCCUCUAAGAAGUUAGAACCUCGCCGUCCAGAUAAGUUGGAAGCACAGCUGCUGGCCCGAAUCAAGACUGCAUAUGUUGAGAAAGGCGAACAGCUGCACUCGCAAGUCUUUGACCUGCUCGAUGGUGCUCAUACCCUCCUCUGCGACAAGUUGUCUGCUAUAGUGACGGAGGAUAGGGGAGUCUUGGAAAGCGUGCAGAACCUGAGCGCCAACUUCGACAAACCACUGUCAGAAAGCUACACGUACAAAAAGUCCGACAGCGAACCACGAGAAAAACAGAUGGUAGGAACUGCCGCAGAGAGACUCAGAAAGGAAGCAGCCGAGACGGCGGAGUUUCUGCAACGGAAUCUGAAAGAGUUGGAUGCAGCCAAGACAGCAGAGAAUGAAGCGUUCAACAAGAUCCUGAUGGGGUCCGGGGAUCCAAAGCGCGAUGCGGCCUUUGACGAGAAGAUGGGAAGGUUGAAACAGGAGACCAUCAGGUCAAAGAAGGAGGCGCUUAGGAAGUUGGAAGAGAUCGAAGAGGAGCUCGAGGAGGAGAAGAGAGAGAUCCUGGAAGAACUUUGGCUUCAAAGCUGAUUUGUUGUGCCGGCCUCCGAAGGGAAGGUACAAGCAAGACAGCCUUUUGCGCAGGGCUUCCUACCUUAUGGAAUGCAUUCUGGAAUUGGCGUCACUAAUUUUACUUAUUCGGCGGUUUCAGGGGAUGGGAAGAUACUAUGCAUGGUUAGCUGUUUCACG